UAUAAGAUCGCAUACCCUGCUAUUCACCCCUUUCGACAAUUUCUACUGCUGUAUAUAAAAUGGCAUCUCCGCCGCCACCUAAGACGUUGACUAUUGCCGGCUCGGACUCCGGAGGCGGCGCGGGAAUCCAGGCUGAUUUGAAGACAUUCACUGCUCUGGGAACCUAUGGAUUGUCGGUGAUCACGGCACUCACCAGCCAGAACACCCUUGGCGUCGAUGGAGUUGUCGCAGUCAAUCCACCAUUCGUAUCUAAGCAAUUGAGAGCAGUGAUCGACGACAUUGGUGUGGACACUAUCAAGAUUGGCAUGCUGCACAACCACCAUAUUAUCGAGGCAGUUGCGGAGACGCUCACCGCCCUAUUUCCUCCUGCUGGAUCAUCCAAGCUUCCACCCAUUGUCCUAGACCCGGUCAUGAUAUCCACGUCGGAGCAUGUCCUGCUCGAUCCUUCGUCUCUCCCUGCACUGAAAACACACCUCCUUCCGCUUUGCACGCUCGUUACCCCCAACAUCGCCGAAGCGAAGAAACUUUCCUCCCUUGAGCGUAUCGACAGCGUCGAGGAUAUGAAAGCUGCUGCCAAGAAGAUCUCCGAGCUGGGAAGUCAUGCUGUGCUCGUGAAAGGUGGACAUCUGGAUGAGCGGCAGGUGUAUGACGUUCUGUAUGAGACGGCGAAUGGGGAGUAUACUGUGUUCGAACACCCGAGAAUACACACCAAGAAUACGCAUGGAACUGGAUGUACCCAAUCGAGCGCUAUUGCUGCCUUCCUGUCCAAGGGAAACUCCUUACGCGAAGCCAUCCAACUCGCGACGGACUAUGUCCAGGCGGCACUAUUGGCGUCGUUUGACAUUGGCCACGGCUCUGGUCCGCUAAAUCAUCUCGUGGCCAUCCUCCCACGAGCACUUGCAGCACCAUCUGACCUGGAUCCUCACCCAUUCACCUCAUACCUCAUCCGUUCAUGUGCCGUGGAUUGGACCAUGUACACGCGGAAGCACCCGUUUAUCUUGGGUUUGAAAGACGGGACACUACCGCGAGAAUCUUUCAUCCACUUUCUCAAGCAGGACUACAUCUUCCUAACACACUACGCCCGGAUCCACGCCCUAGCUGCAUACAAGAGCUUCAGCAUGGAGGAAAUCGACGCAGCGACAGACAUCGUGAAGCACAUUGUACGCGAGAGCAAGCACCACAUCGCCUUCUGUCAAAGUUGGGGCAUCAGUUUGGAAGAAUUCCAUUCCACCCCAGAGUCGGGACACACCGUUGCGUAUACGCGGUACGUGCUCGACACAGGUGUCUCGAACUCCCUUCUCGCUUUGCGCGUCGCUACGGCUCCUUGCUUGCUCGGGUACGGCGACGUCGGCACCUGGCUGCACGAUGACCCGGGAACGAAGCGCGAGGGGAACGCCUACUGGCCAUGGAUUGAGGGAUACGCGGGGGAGGAUUUCCAGAAAGCGGUUAGGAAGGGACGAGACCUGCUCGAGGAGAGUGUCAAGGCGAAUCCGCUCUCGCCUGCCCAGCUGGCGGAAAUGGUGAACAUCUUUAGAAAGGCGACUAGGUUGGAAGUCGGAUUCUGGGAACAGUCGUGGAGCUUGCAGUGAUUAGAUUUGCACGGGGUAGAGGAUUUUGAUACAA